GCCAGCACCUGUGUCCUGUUUGUGUACCACUACCAUUACCUCCCUCCGCUUGUUAGACCAGUUCUAGGCUUCGUUGCUGUGAGAAUACACGUUUAAAGAUUACUAUAAGCUACGAGAGGCCUAUUACUUAAGGUUGGUUUCCUAUAAACCGUUUUUCGCUCGCAGUUCUACUCACAUUUGUAACAAAAUACGAAGUAUAUUAGGAACUAAUGGCAAGUGGCGAGCAUGCUAAAGAAAAUAAUACUUUUUCCAUGCUGAGAAGAAGCGAAUCUGGACCUUCCUUCUCAAUUGGAAAUGACGAUGACUUUAAUGAACCUGUGGUAGAAUUACCACAUCCUCAACUUCCUAAUUUAACGCUACAGACACCUUCAAGAGAAGAGACUCCUCAAACGUUACACGUCGAGGAUGUAAAAAACAGCACGUCUAGUUGGUCUCAGGAUAAUUCCCUUGUUUCAUCUCCUAUCACGGGAGUUAUGGACCAUAGCAUUUUUGGAGAAAGGCCCGAAGCGUUCGGUAACGAAAUGGUCACCGACCAACAGUUUUACGAUCGAAUCAUGGACGAACAGACGUCGUCUUACGGUCAGUCACUCACUUCUACUGACUCGUUUGCCUUGCUAGCAGAGCAUCAAGCUCGCGAACGAUUAGACUACGCUCGUUCUGAACAAGACAUUGUAUUUGGACGUGAACGGUACGAUCCUUUUGCUCCAUCUCAGACGCGUUCUCCCGUCUCUCCCCAUAUUCCUCCGGUCAUCAUUACAGAUCCAGAUGCAAACAGCAUGGAGGGUCCUUCGUUUUCAUUUGGCGUUGCCGAUGAGAGUUUUGGUGCGGCUGAAGAACGUGUUCCACAGUCCUCAUCCGAACACGAAAGACAUCAUGGCAGUCUCUCGAUACAAGAAGGAUUUGUGCCGUACGAGGCGGAGCCUUCGCAUUCUGAGAGACGCGACUUCAAUGUCUUUAUGCCUCAGCUAGAAACUAGCGUCCCUUCGCACCCCCCGGCUUACCAAUCCAACGAGCAUGAGGGUUCCCCAAUUCAAGAAAAUGAUGACUCUGAAGAAUCAAAAGAAUUAGAAUCCUCUUACGUACCGGAGAAGCCUACUGUUGAACAGCCACAACGGUCUGUUGAAGAGGUCGAUACGAAUAAAUCCCCCAAAGCAGAAGGCAUUGACAACGGUUCUGAAAAUCCAGAGCAAUUAGAUACUAUUAAUGGCUCUCUUGUGGAAGAAAAUGCUGCUCACGAGGAACAUGCGGACGUAGUUGAUGCUGACAUCGCUACUAAGGAAGCUUCGCUUACUCCACAUUCAGUGGAAGCUGCUAAAGAGGAUAUUUCGGCCCCAGCUCCGGCUACUCGCGAAUCUACAACCAUUUCCGUCGAGAAAGCUACGGAUGCUGAAGCUGAUUUGGAGCAACAGGAGACAGUUCAAGCUCAUUCGACUCCUUCUGAUAAGAAUGCCUUAGAGACAGAAAUGAUGAUUGAUUCAAAGGUUUCAGAUGCAGGUGCUAAAGCUGAGGUUUUGGAUACACCAGCUUCUCCCUCUGCGCAGGAGAAUUCUAAUCCUGAGGACACGGGCAACGACGUCGUCGAAACUGAACCUAAUGUGCCACGUGAAGCCUCGUCGGUGUCAUCGCCGAAAGCUACCGUUGAGUCUAAUACAAGUGCGAACGUUGCUUCUUCUGGAGCAUCACCUCCAACGAAAGAAGCACUUCAAGCAAGUAACACUGUUACGGCGGUCCCCGAGGUUGAAGAAAAGUUAACUGAAGAUGACUUGUUCUUCAAAAACAUUGCUGCUGUUUCACCUGUGCCGGAGCCAACCCACAGUGUGAAUGAGGAGAUAUACUCAUCUGCACCUGUGCAACGCCAAGAACCACCCUCGCAACCGCAAGAUGCUAGUCCCCUGAAGACGAAUGAGACGAAUGUUCAAUCGCCUAUUUCUGCAACUCAACAAGAAUCGCAACCGCAAGAUGCUAGUCCCUUGAAGACGAAUGAGACGGAUGUCCGAUCGUCUAUUUCUGCUGCUCAACAAGAAUCGCAACCGCAAAUGCAAAAAACAGCCUCUCCUAAAACGAGUGAUGCGGACGCGGAUUUCUUUGCUUCAUUGGGAGCAGCCGAAGGUAGCUCCAAACCCUUGGACACAGAAGAGGUCAAUGAUGAAGAACUUCUUGAUGACUCGGAGUUUGAUGCUUUGAUGAACAGUUUCAUUGAAUCUUCCCCUGCUGAACGACCUCCUCAACGUGCUAUGACUUAUCAGCCUUCUUUUCAUCAGCAAAUUCCAAUAAUGCAUCCGAAGCCUCCGUACACGAUUCCUGCUAGUGCUCCGCCAACCAUGUCUUCUCAGAAAAAGGUUAAUUCUUUUGUUGCUACUCAUGAUUCAUACUCCUCUCCUUAUGAUUUACCAAUGGAGAUUGUUCAAAAGGCCCAAAGGAAAAGGGCUGAAGUUCAACAUACCAUACAGCGUAAGUCUCCUGCCGCAGCUUUUUCUCAAAUGAGUCGUCCACCUUUCGGACGGCCUCCCUCGGUGCCUCCCUCAAUGCCGUCGUCUUCGCGUACAUCCCCUUCCAUGCAGCGUGCAUUUCCUCCAAAUGCAACAAGUAUGUCUCGAUCAUCCUCUUACGGUCGGACGUAUCCUACGAACCUAUCGUUGCCUCCAAAGACGUCCCCGCAGCACGCUCCUUUCACAUCUACCGCUGCGGGAUCCGCCGCUCAAAAUACACAACCACUACAUGGUCACGAUGAAAUUCCGGCAAAGCCAACUUAUGCACCUUAUAUCCCGUCGCCGUACGCACCACAAAAUGUCGCUACGCAGCAGAUGCAGCAUGCACCAAUUGGAACUCAACAGCCUUCUUUGAAUCGCAUGUACUCCGCUCCGGUGUCUCAAUACAACUCGCCAACCUCCACUGUCCCUAGAAUGCCACCAACGCGCAGCUCUUCGAGUUAUACGCCUCCGUCUGUUUCUCAACCUGCUGUUGUCACUGCCAAUGUACCUUAUGCUCCCCGCUACACACCUCAGCAACGAACUUUGCCGUCUGAAGUUAACGAUCAACCCCCGAGAGCUGCACCACAAACUGCUCGGCGUUCGCCUUAUGCUCCUGUCUCCGCGAGCAUAACGUCUCCUGAGAUAAAGGUAUCUAGUGCACCAGCUCCUCUUCCUAUUCAGCAGCCUAUGAAUUAUACACCUGUUAGUGGGCUUACAACUCAACAGAAACCGGUACUUCCAGCUCUGUCUACCUCAAAUUUGUCAGCAGCACCCUUAAAUGUCCCAACUCCAAUGAGCCGACAAUCCUCGCAUCAAUCUGUAUCCAGAUAUGCGCCAGUAGCGCCUUCAACGGCUGAAACCCCGGUUUCCAUUGCCCGUGUUGCUUCUAACGAAGGCUCAGAGACGUAUCCUUUACAACCUGUUUCUUCUAUAACGCAAAUGGUGAGAUCGCCCGUAGAUGCGUAUACCCCAACAUCGGCCACGCAUCAUGGAGAAGAGCUUAAUUCAAUGCCGCAAGUAUCGGAUGAACAAGCGUUGAAACAAGAAACGCCCAUCAAUAUGACACCGAUGGAACAACGUCCAAUGCAAACUCCUCCCUAUCUUAAUCCGGCUAUGUCGCUUCAAAACGAUUCGCAAAUGAUGCAAGUUGACACCCAGGCCUCUGAUGCUUUAUACCAACCUAGUGCGUCCGUUUUGGACUUGCGUGCUACUCGAAGUCAUGCACCACUUCCCGCUGAACCAUACAUGGCGCAUGUCCAGCCAGAGGUAAAUCAUGGCCUUCAUCUUCCUCAUCCUUUGGUCAGUUUUGGUCCAUGCGGAACCUUUUUGACCAUGUGUCCUUUCCAAAGUGAGCGAUUCACUAGUGAAGGUUUGGUUAUGAAAUCGACACCGGGGCUUUUGCGCUUCCACUCUCUGAAAGAUUUCGUGCCCGAGGAAAACCUUUUCCUUACUGAUUUUCAAGGACCAUACAUCGGGUCAAACGGAAAAAUUGAUAAAGCAAAGCGCAAGCAAGCCCUGGCUUGGGUGGAGAAGCGUUUGCAUUAUCUUGAGGAUCAGGGUGAAAAUGAAGAGAAACUGUAUAUAUACAAGGCACUUGGGCUGAUGCUUGGGACAGAUGAUAAGCACCGAAUUAGGGAUGGCGUUCGUGAAAUGUUGCUUCCUAACUUUGUCCCUCCCGAGACCAAAAACUCAACAAAGACAGUUGCAGAAUUGAUGAAUCCUUCGCUUGAUGAAGACAAUACGCCUGUAGUAGCCACGUCUAGCGUAACAGCGGGAUUCUUGCAGAAGAUUCACAAUUUUCUGUUGGUGGGUGAUCGGGAAAGUGCACUGACGUGUGCAAUGAACAGAAAGAACUGGGCUUAUGCCAUUUUGUUGGCCAGUUCUUUGGGAAAGGAGACUUUCCAGUCGGUUGUUCACGAUUUCAUAAAGAGCGAUCUUAUGUCGGAAACGCAAACAGCGAAUGUAGAGGUUAACUUGCGUGUUAUUUUCCAACUGCUUUCUGGUGCAUCUCUGGCAUUUUCUGAACUUUCUAGCUCUUGUCCUCUGUUAUCGUUGACGCAAGCGAAUUCCGCCGAGGGAAAUCAAGAUUUACAAUGGAAAGAGCUCCUCUGCAUGUUACUCGCUAACGACGUUCCUGAACAGGUACAGGCUUUCAGGCAUCUUGGUGAGCUCCUGCUUCAGCAGGGUAGAACAUACGCCGCACAUUUGGUCUUUUUGCUUUCCAUGAGUCCUAUUAUCUGUUUGUACAAUGGAAAAGAGCGUAAUCCCAUGCCUUUGGUUGGACUUGUUAAUCCUAACGCAUACUCAGACUCGACUGAGUUGCUUGAAUCCGUGAUGUUGACCGAGGUUUGGGAGUUGAUCCUGAAUCUUCAUGCGAAUAAGGAAACCAUUUCUUACGCUCAUCUGCAAAUCUUCAAGCUCUACCACGCGCGAGUUCUUGCCGAUUACGGACAACUCGCAUUGGCUAAACGUUACUGUGAAUGCAUUGGACAAUACUUGAAAAUGGCUUCCAAAAAGUCCUCAGCUUCUAUAGAUCCAUCGUUGGUUUCGGGUGUUAGGGAUUUGUCUCGUCAAGUUUUGGAAUCGUCAAAUACCAACACGGAAGUGUCAAACUCCUGGCUCGGACGUACAGUAUCCCGACCGAAGCUUGAUUCGUUUUGGUCUGCAUUAGAAAGCAAAUUCAGCAAGUUUGUCGCGGGUGAUGCGAACUUUGACAUUACAAAGGACAACACCGUGGAUGGUCCGUUUGCCAAGGUUGCUGAGGUGCAGGAAACGAUUACUCGGGCGUCGUCAGCAUUGGCUCUUCGGGACGAUGAAGUUGUUGGAGAGAGAGUAAUGCCUUAUGGUUCAGUUCCUCAGAGUGUGCCGACGUCGCGGGUUCCUAGUCCUUACCAGCCGUUGGAUCAACAAGUACAUGCAGGACCUCAUAGCGCGAACCCGUAUGUUGGAGCUGCCGGUAUACGAAGAGAUACUGGACAUGUUUCCUCUAGCGGUCCGUAUCUUGAAAUUCCAUCUGCACAAACGUCUCCCAAACGUGGUCCAUAUGCCCUUCCUGUUCGGCCGACAUACACGCCUACAACAACAGCUGGCUAUAACCCGUAUGUACCUCAAACCUUAUCAACACCCGCGCAAGCCGCCGAACCCGCUGCGUAUCAACUUGGUCAACCAGUUCGCAGCACUCCCCCUCAAGGGCCCAUGUCUCCUGCUGAGGUUUCCGCGUUUGCUCCAGCUCCACCUACGGCGGAAACUCCAACGAGAAAUACGUAUGGUCCUACGCCAGCGGCUGUUUCGCCAGUGUAUGCACCAUCUCUUUCUCCCCAACAACCGUAUCAAAACUUGCCGUCAAGAACGCACUCUCGAGUGCCAUCGGCGAGUUCGGACAUUAGCGUUGGUCGUUCAAUGAACCAGCUUGCUGAUGCUAUGGGAGGCAUGAAUAUCGACACGGAUCGGGCAGCCGAAGCGAAACAGUCUGCUUCCAAGAUCGCGGAAGAAAUGAUUAAACGUGAGGAAGAAGAGGAAGCUAAGAAAAAGCAGGCAGCUAGCACCAAGAAGAGUGGCGGAAUGGGUUGGUUCUCGAAAUUGCUACAUCGUGGAGGUAAUAACGAGAGUGCUAACAAUGGACAACCUGUUUAUAAGGCGAAGCUUGGUGAGAAAUCUCACCUGCGUUAUGACAAGGAGAAGAAGCGUUGGGUAAACGAGGAUGGAAGUGACUUGAGCAAUCAAGCAGCCCCUCCUCCUCCUCCUCCUAAAAUGUCAAUGAUGCCUCGUCGAACUGCAACUACUUCGGUUCCACCGCCCGCCAUGCCUGCUUCCAAUUUGGGCACUAUACCAGAAUCAAUGUCAGGCCUGGCCGGGCCUCCAUCCAGUUCUGGAGCUGUUGCUCAACAGCCACUAGCUACAGGCCCUAUUCCUCCUGCAUCGUCGCCCGCUCCUCUCUCAGCUACUACCCCUACUGCGCCUGUUCCUCCUGCUACCGCACCCCCUGCUCCAACUCCUAGAGCUGGUCUACCACGUCCUCCUCUCGGCGGUACUGCAAGCACGACGAAAAAGACCGAUUUACUCGACGAGCUUCUUAGUGCUCCUCCUACCGCUCCCUCCGAACGUCGGCACAAAAAGGUGAGCAAGCGCUAUGUGGAUGUUAUGAACAUGCAAUGAGUACCUUUGUUACUGGGAGAUGCAUCUUCGAUUCUCUCUCCUGCUACCUGAUCGUUCAUUCCUCAAUUUUCUUUUUCCUUCAAGUCUAACUAACCAACAUCCUUCCUCCUUUCCGUACUAAAUACACUUUCCACCAUCAUCACCUUGCUCAGUUACAAAUUCACUCAGUGCUAACUCUCAAGCUUGUAAAUGUAAUAAACCAG